AUGGAACCAGAAGCUACGACAUUAACAGAAAGUGCAAAACAGGAAAUACUGAAAAGACUUUUCUCGGAACUAUGGAGAUCAAAUGAGGAAUACAGAUCUUUAUUUUUUCCAAACGGUUUCGGUGAAGGACUUGACGCAUACAAAUUGAGCCUUGCACUAGGAGAAGGAAGUUCGGAAUAUUUACCGACACAAAAAGGAAAAGCUUGUGGCCAUGUCUUUAAAAAAGGAGAAGGUGUCUAUCGAUGCAGAAACUGUGCGCUGGACGAUACAUGCGUCUUUUGUUCUCGUUGUUUUCAUGCAACGAAUCAUGAUGGACACGACGUAACUUUUUCUGUGAAUUCUGGAUCUGGUGGCUGUUGUGACUGUGGUGACCCUGAGGCUUGGAAACUUCCCGUACAUUGUUCUUAUCAUUCAUUAGAUUAUUCUUCACCAGAUUCUAGUGAAUUUGAAAAAAUACAGUACGAAGAAAUAUUACCUCAUGACCUAUUAAACCCUAUUCAUAACACUAUCUCUACUGUCCUUGAUUUCAUGUUGGACACCUUAUCUGCUUCCCCUGAGGAGAUGACCCCUCCUCUUAAUGAUGCAGAUGUCAGGAAGGAAGCUAAUCGAGCUGCCCUUUAUAUUAGAGAUCAUGUAAAUAUUGUUGAUGAAGAGAAAUUAUUUGCAGUAGUACUUUGGAAUGAUGAGCACCAUUCUUUUCAUGAAGUGAUUGAUCAAGUCAUGGAAGCAAUUGAAUGUAGUCAAGCGGAAGCAAAAGCCAUGGCUAAAAGAGUUGAUUCAUACGGACGUGAUAUCGUUCAAAUAUCCGAAGAUAUUCCACGUCUUCGCUCCAUAGCACGUACAAUAUCGUCAAUAGGCCUCGCUGUCACGAUACGUUCCGCACGUGACACCUUCCGUGAAGGGAUGUGCGGUCUGUUCAUUGAUUGGUUAAAAGAUCUUGCAGGAGGAAAAAUUGGUUCAGACUCUUCAUUGCUUAGAGAUAUAAUUUGUGAAGAACUUUGUAAAGAAUGGAAUAAGCCUCGUGGUGCCGAUAUCGAUAUGAAAUCGAAAAUUCGGUUCGCAGGAGAUACACAAAAUGGUCAAGUCGAGGGCACAAAAUUCAAUGGUGAUUACGAUGUGUUAAUGGAAGAACAUUCUAGCGAUGCAAUUGAACCAAUGGAUGAGGAUGAAUCGAUAAUAUAUCGUGGUACUUCUUCUUUAAUGCAGAAAGUAGAGGAUUUUAAAAAGAAAUUGCGAUUAGAUAAGUUGCUGGUUUUAGAUUUAAGGCUAUGGAAAGAGGCAAGAGCUGGAUUAAGAGAAUUAUACAUUGGAACACUAAUAACUAAUACAGGAUAUAAAAAAAUAAUGGAGGAUUUAGAUAGCAUUGAUCUAAAUGCUAAAAUUGAUUGUGAUUCUGAUGCUUUUAAAAAUCGUCGUUACUUCCAUGUCUUUCAAGAUCUUCGAUAUAUCAUCAGUAAUGACGCUGUGAAAAUUGCAAUACCAAAAAAUCCUCAUUAUUUGCAACAAUACCUGAAUUUAAUUGCAUUAUUCCAAGGAAUGAAUCCAAACAUUCGUGCAACUCAACAACAUGUGGAGUAUGAGAACGAUAGUUGGGUUAAUGCGUUUAAUGUAACUUUGCAAAUCGCUAAGAGUUGCCGUCAAUUUUCUGAUUGUUACACGGGCAACACCAGAACGUUAUGUAUAACUAUUCGUAAAACUUUAAGAAAAUUAUACGAAUGGUGUUCAAGAUGUGACGACGAUGAUGAUGAGGGAGAUAAAAUGGAUGAGACCGGCGACGAUCAUGAAGAAUCUCUUUAUCAUUCAAGUGUUUGGGUAACAUCUACACCGGGUUCAUAUGGUCCCUUUGCAAAGAGUGCGAAAUUUUCUGAUGAAAGGAAUGAGGACAAGGAUAACAAUCUUUCAUCAUUACGAGAACCAGAAUUUCAUGAUGUUAUCUUUCCUGCGAAUCCUUAUUUCCUUUCAUUUCGAGUCGUUAAAUUUGAAGUUUCUUCGCAGCCUGUUAGUUUUCAUCACCCUUUGAAUUGGUUUUUAGCCGAAUUAUUGGAAAAUGUUAAUUUAUUGGAUGAUGAAUUGUUAAAACAGCAUGGUUUUGGCAGUUUCCAAAGCAUGAUGAUGGGCUUCGAUUUUGAAAACAAUGAGGAAUUGGGUGCCAUAGUUCAACGCGUUAAAGAGAAAAUUUUAGGAGUAUUUGACUAUCCAUUGCGAGUGUUGGUUUUGUUGGUACAAAUCCGUGCUGGUUUAUGGGUACGGAAUGGAUUUGGCAUUCGCGGUCAAUGCCACCAUUAUCGUGAAAUUUCACUACGUGAAAAUACCUAUGAUGAAGAUAUCUUUCUAUUACAGACAGCUUUUAUUUUGUUAGAUCCAAAUAUAGUCCUUGUCACUAUUUUAGAUCGGUUCGAUCUUGUGGAGUGGUUCAAUGGUAGAAAUAACCACAAAGUAUAUGAUAAUUCACAACUUACCUUUAUUGCCGAAGAAUUGUUGACGCUUUUAAUCACAUGCGUCAGCGAACGUGCAAAUGCAGCCGGAUUAACCAAUGAACAGAAAAUAAGAAGGGAAAUUAUUCAUGGGCUUUGCCUUGGUCCAAUUGCUUAUUCGGAACUUAUAAAACGUAUUCCAGAACGAUUAGCACAAGAUCCAAUAUUUGAUGAGAUCUUAACGAGACUCACUACUUACAAGUCACCAGAUAGUUUGACCGAUCAUGGUACCUAUGAACUUUAUGACGAAUAUUUUGAUGAAGUGGACCCAUAUUUUGUCCAUUAUUCUCGUAAUAACAGGGAAGAGGCAGAGGAGGCUUUGAAGAACAGAUUAAAGAAAAAGGAUGCGAACUCUACUCCACUGUUAAUGCCAAAAUUGACUCCUAUAACAAGUGGGCCAUAUGUUAAAUUAGGCAACAUUUUACAUGCAAGCUUAUUAAAUCAAAUUAUUUAUUAUUCACUUUGGCAUGUAAAAACUGAUGAAAAGAUAAAGUCUGACACACUUGUGGAAGAAGCACUGCACCUGAUCAUGUUGGCUCUGUUGGAUGAAAAUAAUGACAUCAUGAGAGAAUGCAAACGUAAAGGAAAACAAAAAGCUACUGAUACUUCCAUUUCAUCAGAUAUAGAUGAAGAGAUACCAGGUUUUGUUUAUUAUGCGGUAUCUGAUCAUUUUCAAGAAAUUGAUACGAGUACAAUGAAGUCUCAGGGUACUAGCCUAUUAGAUCUUCUAUUGCAGCUUUCAUGUGAUCAAAGUUUCAAAGAGUUUCAUAAUAAGCUAGAAUUUAUUAUAAAUAAAUUCGAACAAUUCGAGAGUGACAGUGCAAAGUUGACAAUAAAUAGAUAUCGUGAGAAGCUACGUAUUGAUUUACAAUCAAAAGGAACUGAGGAAAGUAAAGUUUCCGAGUAUGAACGGAAGAAACAAGCGGCUAAAGAGAGGCAAAAGAAAAUCAUGGAACAAUUUGCUAAAGCCCAACAAAGUUUUAUAGAGAAGCAUGAAGAAUUAUAUGACGAAUAUGAAGGAAUGGAAGAGGAUUGGGACCUUCCUGCUGGUGAAGAACAAUCAGGAACCAACUCUUUAAAAACGAUGGAAACCAAUUGGUCAUACCCUACAGGAACUUGUAUCGUAUGCCAGGAAGAAACUAAUUCUUCUUCAUUAUAUGGAAUGCUCGGACUAAUUCAGCCAUCAUCAUUAUUACGUCAUACUCCAUUUAAUGACGAGGAUUACAUCGUUGAAGUUGAUGAUUUGCCUGAAAGUUUGGAUUUUAAAUAUGACAGAUCAAUUCCAUUCGGUGUUGCGUCCUCAGUUUAUACCAAAGCACGUCCCCUAAGUAAAGGAUUUCCUUCAAAGUCAUGUCGACAAGGAUUAUAUGCUUCUACUUGUGGGCAUCUAAUGCAUGUGAAAUGUUUCGACACAUAUUUUGCUUCUUUGGAACAACGACAUUCAUUACAAUUAGCAAGGAAUCAUCCUGAAGACGUUAAAAGAAAAGAAUUCAUGUGUCCAUUAUGUAAAAGUUUAGGGAAUAUUUUAUUGCCAAUCGUUUGGAAGGUUAAGAAAGAAGUAUUUCCUGGAAUAUUGGAGACGCAAGAAGAUUAUGUCACUUGGUUACGUGAUAAAGUUGGUUCUGGGUUAGAUAAAUUGAACCUAAUACUCCCUUCUGGAUCAGACUUACCAUAUUCAAAUACUGACCCUAAUCGUAGAUAUACACCUUUUACCGCUGGAGCACCUUUUGAUUCUGCUACAAAUGUCGAUUUUUCAUCCUACGUUCAAACAUCCCAAACUCAACCAAGGCGACGAAAUAGUGGUGGAACAGGUAGGAUCAGGGAAGCAAUUACUCAUAUUGUGCACAUGUUAAGAAAUCCAGCCGCGAUUCAGAAUAGUGACGAAAAUGGUCCUUCUAUAGCUGCUUCUGAUGAUUUUCAGCCUCUUCACGGAUCAUCUCGGGUUGACACCCACGCAUCUUCUGACGAUGAUGAUCAUGAAAACAUUCGUCGCAUGUACAAUCGCUUGGCAGAUGUUAUGCAAAUGACGUAUCAAAAAAUAACAACAGAGAUAACUUUCCAAACCAAUUCAUUGAAAUCUAUUGAACACAUGUGGGACCUAUUUGGUUAUACAAUUUCAAGUAUUGAGAUUGGUCAACGUGGUAUUAGUCAUACUAUAAGUGAAGGUUCUAUUGGAUCAACCUUAGUAGAUGGAAUCAAUUCACAAACAUUAACGCUCUUAAGAAUACUUUCGGAAACGAUACUUACUUAUAUGGAUACAAUGUUAAUUGGUCAAAAUAGUGAGUUUGGGUUGAAGCAGGUCACUACUUAUAGGAUUCAGCAAAUAUUUUAUGGUCAUCCAUCAUUUCAACAAGAAAAUAGCGCGCAGGUUGUUGGAUCUACACCAUUGGUUAAUAAUACAAGGAAAAUUAUUGGGUUAUUCGGACCUAGCUUGCAGUUUACAAAAGUUAAACCUUUAUUGCUCGAAGAUCCCUUCUUGGUUCUAGUAGAAAUUUGCAUGUACACAGUUUCCGUAGUUGAAUACGAUGUAUAUCAUAUGAUGCGGUUAUUAUACACGGCUGAGAUCGUUAAAGUAAUAGUGUCAUUAGUUGAAUCCGCUGUUAAUGUAAAAACGAAUGCAUGGGAGGAAAAUGAACGAUUUAAGAAGAAAUUCCCUGAUCUACGAGAUCCUCAAGGAUUCUCGAUAAGAGACUUUGUUAUAUGGGUGACACGACGAGUAGGCAAUAAUGAACAAGAUAUUGUAAAAUUCUUGGACAAAAUCGAUGAGUCGGCUUUCGUUAAACUUAUUAGGAAAUUUUGUUUGCCUUACUUGAGAAAGUGUGUUAUCCUCUUACAUGCAAGGUUUGGAGUAGUAUUCCCAGUAGGAACUGAUGAUUUACAGGCACAAAACGAAAAUGAAUUCGUAAGUUUAUCCAAAUUUCUCGGAUUUCCUUCAAUAGAACAAAUCUGUUCCAUAUCUUCAGACAUAACUAUGUCAUCAGUAAUCUCAGGGUGGUGUAAUCAUUUAUUUUCACUUCGACAAGCACCACCGCUUCCGAUGACGUCAUCAGGAACCCUAAACGAUACAAGUAUGAUUCACGAUGUUCACGUCUCAAGUGGAGUAGCUUCAAGUAGUUCACAAGUACCACAACAAAACCAUCAAUCAUAUCAAAGAAUUGAUGUUAAAGUUAAUCAUCCAGCAAUAUUUGAACUUGUAGGUCUACCAAAGAGGUUGGAUUCUUUGUUUGAGGAGAGUCUGAAAAAAGUUUGCGAAAAAUGUAAAACAGUACCACAUGAUCCAGCUUUAUGUCUAUUAUGUGGUACGUUUGUAUGUAGUCAAAGUUAUUGUUGUUCAGAAAAUGAUCGAGGUUUAGAAAACGAUCGAGGUGAAUGUAAUCUUCACACUAAAAGUUGUGGUGGAGAGAUAGGGAUUUAUUUAUUAGUAAAGAGAUGUGUAAUUCUUUUGCUUCAUGUUGAUAAUGGUUGUUAUAUGAAUGCUCCGUAUCUUGAUAGACAUGGAGAAGUUGAUCUUGGAUUAAAUCAAAAACGAUAUGAUGAAAUUCGUAAGUUAUGGUUAACACAUGGCGUACCAAUUCAUGUUGCAAGAAAGAUUGAACAAGCAUUUGAUUUGGGAGGAUGGCCUACAUUUUAG